CGGAAUUGGUUACGGAAUGGUGAUCGUCUCAGCGAUCGUUAUGCUCUACUAUAAUAUGAUCAUCGCGUGGACCAUAUUCUACAUGUUUGUCUCAUUCAAUAAACAGCUUCCAUGGGAGAGGUGUGACCCGGAGUGGCGGACACCCCUCUGCUACUCUCACAAGGAGAAGGACGAGUGCCGGAGUCGGUACCCGAACGGCACAUAUUUCAAUCAGACGUGUUUCCCGUCGUUGAACUCAUCUUUGCUCAAACUCUACGAACAGUCCAAACAUCUCGAGAAGAAGGGAUCGGCUGACGAGUACUUCACACACUAUGUGUUGGGUCAGUCGGCCGGCAUUGAGGACACGGGUACUAUUCGUUGGCCGUUAGCGCUGUCACUAUUGGCCGCCUGGACUAUAGUGUUCCUCUGCCUAUGCAAAGGCGUCCAAUCGUCCGGAAAAGUGGUUUACUUUACUGCAUUAUUUCCUUACGUGGUUUUGGUUAUAUUAUUCAUAAGAGGCGUCACAUUGCCGGGUGCUAUGCAGGGCAUAGUCUUCUACUUGAAGCCUGACUGGAACCGGCUCUUCACACCACAGGUUUGGGGCGACGCCGCCGUUCAG